CCCUGUAGUCACAUUUAAAACUGCGCAAAUAUUUUAUACCUACAAAAUAGUAUUUUGCUGAACUGCAUAUUUGUAGGAAAAUUUGAAAUUAGGUCCUCAAGAAUGAAACCGCAUACCAAAAAAGAGUCACCAAGAGGCUAUACAAUGACACUGUCUGUAUUUAUUGUUGCUGCAUUGAUUACCCUUGCUGCAACGGAAAGUGAGUUGCCUGUUAACAAAAGUCCGUUGUGUAAUGAAUGUAAAGGUGAUGAUGGUGAAAAAGGUGUAAAGGGAAAGCGAGGAGCAUCUGGUGUGGAAGGGGAACCUGGAGCUCCCGGUGAAAUGUACUUCCGAGGGAAUGACAUUGGAUGUGGCUCUAAAUUAUGCCCCGUUGGUGCACCAGGAAACAAAGGAGGUUUUGGUAAUCCAGGGCAGAAAGGGGAACAAGGAAUUCCAGGAGACACAGGGAAAAAAGGGGAUUCUGGUGAUGUUGGUAGUCCUGGUCAACCAGGACCUCCAGGUUCUUAUGAUGGUGACGUCAUGUACUUGCCUUACAAACCUGGAAGAGAAGCUAGGCAAGUUUGUUACACUUUCAGGAAAGUGUGUGCAGUCCCAGGACUUCGUAACGGUUGGCGGGCCUGGUAUCGAGAAGGUCAAAGUGGCUACAUGAUUUACAAGAAAUGGAUGUAUUUUGUCAACUUGUCAACCUGCCCUUGCAAGUAUCACAAACCAUUGCAACCGCAGCCGAACAAGCCUAAGGACUGCGUACGGUUAGGUCGAUGCCAAAGGAGGAAUUAAAUGAUUGUCUACCUUAAAUAUUCAACUUUAUUGAAUGGAAACAAUUUUAUUUUAGUCGUCACUGAAUAUUUACGAUAUUACAUAUGUAGCAUAUGUAAGUAGCGUUGUGUCACAACAAAACACGUCGAAACACAAGAAAAAGAAGAAGCAUAAUAUUAAUAUACUAUUAUAACUUCAAUACAUGCAUGUAAGCAGCUGGCUAGCAACGUAGAUAGAAUACAAUUAUGCACCUGCAUGACCAAACAACUACGAUCAUUGUAAUGAUGCAGUCAGUUUGUGAAUAAUAUGAUAAAAUUGAGGCAAUAUUAAUGGACAUACGUAGUACAUUACUCCCUUUGCUUUUCGGGCUGUACAAUCUUUUUAUACGAACUUUGUUUUUCUUCAUAACAGCAUUAGGUCAGUAAAAAGACGUUACUAUAUAAAUUAUACCUUCUUGAGCAUUUAGUAACUGUUUCCAAUUGCUGAGGUUAUAAAAUGUAGUAUUUUUUUAGAAAAUGCUGGCUUAUUAGGUAUUUUUGUGUUAAAAUCAAAUUCCACUUUUCAGUUGCUUCUUUUUGGCAUAGGGUUUUCUAUGAAUAGUAAAAUUGAUCGCUAAAUUGUAAAAGUUUGGGAAUCGUUAAUAAGGAUAUAAAGAUGCUAAAUGAUCGGAAGAGACGCUUUCUACCAUUUGCAUUAUCAAUUUAAUCAUGAAUGACUUUACGAAUAACUGUAAAUUUUUGACAAUUCAAAAUGUGCUAUAGUUUUUACAAGUUUGCCAUACUUAUAUUAUAUUAAAAAUAUAAAAUAGAAUACAUGUAUAAAUGAUCAAUUUUAAAUAUUAUAGCGCCUUCUACAUUUAUCAGUUAAGACUAAUCGGAAAGACCAAAUCGCGUUUUCUAUGAUGUUGCUAAUUGAAAAUUUAAAUGGUUUGUCAAAGUGUAUACAAUGUGUAAUGACUUGCACUAUGUGCACGUUCAAAGAGAAACAUAACUCGUGGCAAACUAUCGUGAAACAUGCUGUUUUGUAUCUAAUUUCCACCCAAGCUUCAAUAACGCUUAAAAACGACAAACAUAAAAUGUAGAAGACAGUUUUGACUCCUUUGCUUUUUGAAUAUCGUGUCUAUCCUCACCAAAUGUAUUGUUGAAUAUUUAUCAAAGUC